UAAGGCACUGACUGAAUGCGAACAGUGAAUAAUAGCGGUAUAUUCAAAAAAGAAAAUCAUAAUUGAUUUUAUCGGACUGGUAAAACUUUAAAAAUAAAUGCAAUCCGCGAAUAUUAGUUAAAGUAUAAAUUAGUAGCGGAAGAAGAGUUUAAAAAGUAAAAUCAAUAAUUAGAGCAAGGCUGUCAUGGCUGUGGCAUUUUCUCACGAUUGGUGUUAAAUGCGCAUGAAUGUGUGUACAUGUAUUUGAUAUGUGCUUAUGAGAGGAAGACUUCAAUAUAACAGCAUGAACAACCUUAGGUCAUUUGCAAACUCAUAUCAAAACGUAAGUCGCGUUCAGUUGCAAACGUUUUACUUAUAAAAGACAAAAAGAUAAUUGCACAGCAAAAUAAUAACGUGAAGAAUAGCAAAAUAAUUAUAUGGAUUAUGGUCGUAUAUGAUGUUGCCACUGUCGUCAUCGCCGUCAUUUGCUGCAAGCUUCGGCAUGUUUGGGAUUUGGUGUGUGGCAUGUGUUCCUCGCCUUUUGAAUUAACAGGCCUCGAAUAAAUGGAGAAAAAUUAAAAUGACUAUAGCUUCGAAACAAUUACAAAAAAAGGAAACAUCCAAGCCAAAGAGUGGUGAAGUGGCAACCGUGUUACAUAUCCAUACUACGAGUACAUACAUUUGAACGUGCAUGAAUGGAUAUAUAUAGCAGACAUGGUUAAUCGUGUCCAUUUCGAUGUGUGAUACUUUCGUUACAGAGCUGACAAUCACCCAAUCUGCACUUGAAGAACUGUGCAGUUUUGGUGAAGCUCUGAGUAAUUAAAAAGUAAAAAAUGCAAUAUCUUCAAUAUUUACUGCCAUAGGUUUAUAUAGUUCUACACUUACAUCACAUUUCCUUUGGAGGUUGUCUGUAUCUGUGUGCAUAAGGCGUUGUUGCAAUCACUGCCGUCACCUGCUACAAAAAUAUGAUCUCACAAAAUUGCAAUGAAAUCGAUCGCCAUAUUCAUUACCAUGCCAAUCACACAACAACGCCCACAUCGCAAAUUAGUGGCAUUGGUAGCUGUAUCAACAGCAGCAGUCGACGUAUCUUGAAUAACAACCAUAUAUGCGGAGCGCGUUGUCGCUCGUUGUUAAGCUAUCAGCAGCAUCAGUUACAAAUAGUAAGUAGUACUAACGUUAUAAGUGUGAGUUGCUGUAGUGAUACUGGGUCAUCUGGGGAAAGAUAUAGUCCACAUCCGAAUGAAAUGUUUCUGAAGCAUCACGGCAAAUUAUCAACCCAACAAAGAAGCGGUUAUGAUGAUACCACGAAAUGUUGUUUGCCGCCGCCAUCGCCAGCGCCAAUUAGUGACCGAUAUAUAAUAGGCGUGACGUCACCACAGAAUGACAAAAUUUGUGACGCACUGAGUAAUGUUAGCCGCCUGGAUAUACAUACGGCAUAUUCCAACUAUGAUGGUGGCGACAAUAGCACCGUAAAUGGCAGUGUACACCCGCUACAAGGAAACGUUCAACAACAACAACAGCAUCAUCAACAUAUUAAUCUUUCUGCACCACCACCCUCAUCGUCUACGUUAACAUUACCACAGGUUUCAGGAAAUUUUGUCCCUAAUUUAACGCAAAAAUACGUCAGUAGCAUGCAACAGUGCUCCAUAUCGGCGAAUUCGCGAUUUCGAUUAUCCGAUGGACAUCGCGAGGUGCCUUCUCCUAAAUCGAUGACAUUAAAAAGCUCACCAAGUACGGGCAACCAUAACGUCUUCGCGACAGUACCAGCCGCAGCACUUUCACAGCCGCAGCCUUCCAACACUACACGAUACGUCUCUUCAGCACAUUUUUUGACAGAGAACACUCCAAUGGUGACGAGCGACACUUACACAUACCUUUCAUCGACUGUGCAUACGCCGGUUAAACGCUACGUACCGACCCCGCCGCCACAAAAUGAGCUAUACGCUGACAUAUCGAUGCAAGCGUCUACACAUGUGUCACAGUUACAAAUGAACAAAUGCGCCAAUAGCACAGGUGCAGCAAGCGGAGGUAAUCGGCAUGGUCCAACUCAACAUCUAAAUAUGCUUCCCUACCGCUUCCACAUGAAAUGCUGCUCUAACUAUUUGACGAAUUCACCUGUAAUUCAAACAACCGAUACAAAUACCAUGACAUCAUGCGUCAUCGAACAUCGACCAAUCUCCGUAGUCGAAUAUUACGCCACAUCUCCGCGAACGCAAUCAACGUACGGCAACAAUAAUCACGUUCAUAACAUUCACAGCAGAGCCCUUAAGAAUGUGUGCACAAGUUACGACAACAGUAAUAUUAUGACUAAUGAUAUGGGCAGUACGAAAUCCACCGCAAUAAUUUUAUUGCACGACCAACAAAUGCAAACUGCUAGUCAUGCGACAACGAUGUCUAAGCUACAUGCCAUUUCAUCUUGCCAAGCGGCAAAGACCUCCACGCCGUGCUCUUCGGCGCUAUCUGGGGCAUCAGGAGGUUCUACUAUAAUAUCCACAAGAUCGUCUACAGCGUCAUCUCUCGCUGUUGGUGGCAGUAAUUGUAGCAAUAUGUAUGUAGUAAGCGGUGGGCGUUUAGCAGGAAGCGGGGUCGGACGCACUAUUAACUCAAAUGUGAUAAGCGACUACUUUCAUCGCGCGCCAAGUAUAGAAUACAUAAACGCAUCUACUACGGCAAUGCCAAAUAGCGUGCGGAUUUGUGCCACUCCCGUCAAUCAAUUCGAGGUUAUUGGCGAUGGUGGUAAUGGUGGUAAUCUAAGUUCUGGAGAAAGUGCAGCUACAACUUGUCUGCAUUGCAACACGGUGCGACGUACAACCGGAGUUCAUCAAACCACACAAACAACGGGUCCAAUCAGUCCUUUACCCAUACAGCAGGUUAUGGAGGUCGGUGGUGCAAGUGGCGUUGCACUAAGCAGUUGUGGCAGUUUUUUACAAAGCGCACUCGAUCAAGCACCGCUGACACCAUCUACCAGCAAAUCGCACAUCUCCCCAUUAUUACCAUCAACAGCAGCGCAAAACACACGUAUAUUGUUUCCCAGUAAAGUGGAGGGAGUCGCCAGUAAUGCAGUAAUUGUAGAUCAACUACAAUUACAGCAACCGGGUGAAAAACUGUAUGUUACGCAGAAGACCCAGCAGCAUUCUAAGAAUGUGAUAACACAGGGCACAAUUACUGAACAUAUGGACGUUUUUGGUAGCGGGUGCAAUCAGCAGCAACUACAGCAAACUCCGGACAACAACCGGCAAUUAGUGCAAUAUUCUUCUCCGCAGCUGCAACAACAGUCACCAGCGCAACAACUAACCAUACAAAAACAGCAAAAAAUUCAAAUUUUCUCACGAAAAAAACGUUUUAGUCGGUAUAUCCGCAAAGAAAUAGCACGAUUCUUUGGUGUACACGUCAGUACGGAAGCUGAAGAGUUUGCUAUUUGGCAAAGCCGUCAGCGACGAUUAGCUCUUCGCCGUUUCGGUGCAUUGAAACCAGACGUUCAAUUGCAAGUCGAAUUGAACAACGGCAAUUCCGGUGAUAUAAAUAACCGUGUUAAUUGCCAUGGUGGACCUGGUAAUGUGGGUACUAACCAACAUUAUCAUCAUCCCCCAUCAGAACGCCCUGAUAUAUUGCCCGCUCAGGAUACAGAGGAGGACGAUUCAUCAAUCGAAUACUUGGCACGUCAACGUCAUUUUUUAUAUGUUGUAGGCGAUCAUGUCGAGAGAAAAGCUAGUGUAGCUAGAAUGAUUAUGUCGAGCUUAACGUUCAUCGUACACACUCUAAGUAGUCGCCAGCCUCGUAGCUAUAGGCAGUGGUCACGCAGCUUUGCACCCGCUCAUGUGAAUCACAUCAAUAAUAUGGAAAAUUCGGGCGACAUUUCUGAGGGAUUAUCAGCACUGCAAGAAGACGAAGUAUUUUUCGACUCUGCAGGCACAGAUCAUACACCCAGUUCCAGUAUUAAUAAUACUGGGAAUAUUGCAGCUGGUGGGAUUUCACAGCACAGUAAUGCUUUAAGAUCUGGAAUUGGAGUCGGAAGAGGUCCUAUAGUUCCCAGCAACAUCGGAUUGAAGAUGGUAGAACAUCAUAGACAAAUAUACGUGGGUGAGCGCAUUCACGGUUGGCGUACUUCAGCUGUAAUAGGCGGUGUCAUCAACGGCACUCACGUCAGCGCAAGCGAACAAGUGGCUGCCACUGCUUUAUUACAAACAAAUAACAAUAGCAAUGGCGGAGGACAACAAACAAGUAAUUCCUGUGGUGCCAGCAGCUCAUAUCAACACAAGAAAGCGGCGCUAACAAAUCAUAUUGUCGCACCCACAUCCUCACUGUCAAACGUACAAUUGUCACACGGAACACGUGGCAAACGCAUAUCAGCGCAACUGCUUGAUGGGGUACUUGAAAAUUCGCGUCGCCCACUACAACGCAAAAUAAAAAACCUUUCAAUUAACGAUCUGGAUGACCGCAGCGAUCACCGACCAUUUUUUACUUACUGGAUCAACACGGUGCAGAUAUUAGUGCUGUUGUUGUCGCUUUUUUGUUACGGUAUUGGACCCAUAGGAAUCGGUGUCGAGCAAAAAACUGGACAGGUGCUAGUAACCAGUCUUAGUUUACAAACGGUACAGCACUCUGAACAACGAAAUGUGUGGAUCGGGCCUAGAAAUAACGAUUUAGUACAUAUGGGUGCAAAAUUUGCUACCUGUAUGCGAAGCGACAUACGUAUUAUGGAUGUGAUGCUAAAGACGCGACGACAGGAACGCGAAUCAGCUUGCUGCAUACGUAAUGAUGAUUCAGGUUGUGUUCAAAGCUCACAAGCAGAAUGUUCGGUGCGUGGACUAUUUCCAACUAAAUCUAUAUCAACGUGGAAGAAGUGGUCACCAGGUGAGUCCGGGCCAGGUGGCCGAAUCUCUGGUUCUGUUUGUGGUCUGGACCCAAAAUACUGUGAUGCACCAGCAUCUAUAGCACCCUACGAAUGGCCAGACGAUAUAACAAAAUGGCCUAUUUGUCGCAAAACUAAUUCCUUCUCGCACCGUUUUCGAUACAAAGAUCAUACAGCGGAGCAUAUGGUAUGUGAAGUGAUAGGUCAUCCGUGCUGUACCGGAGUCUACGGUGAAUGUCGUAUUACAACACGCGAGUACUGUGAUUUUGUCAAAGGUUACUUUCACGAGGAAGCAUCGCUGUGUUCCCAGAUCUCUUGCUUGAACAACGUAUGUGGCAUGCUCCCGUUUAUAUCUGUGGAGGUUCCUGACCAAUUUUAUCGUCUAUUCACAUCCCUCUGCCUGCACGCCGGAAUUAUACAUUUGGCCAUAACUAUCGCCUUUCAGCACUUUUUUCUGGCUGAUCUAGAGCGUUUAAUUGGUCCAUUGCGCACAGCUAUUGUAUAUAUUGGCUCGGGUUUGGCUGGUAAUUUGAUCAGCGCCGUAUUAGUGCCGUACAAGCCAGAAGUUGGACCAUUGGCAUCAUUGUCCGGUGUGAUUGCGUCGCUGGUAGUUUUGCUCAUAUUGAUUCACUGGAAGCACUUGCGAAAACCUCACCUUGCCCUUUUCAAACUGACCUGCAUAGCAGCGCUACUUUUUGGUAUUGGCACACUUCCUUGGCAGUUGAACUUUGCGGGCCUCUUGGCGGGCAUAUUUUGCGGUGUCUUUUUGACCAUCGCAUUUGUGCCAUUUGUCAGCAUUACAAAAUAUGGAAGGAAAGCAAAGAUAAAUCUUAUUUGGUCCUGCGUCAUCUUCCAUUUGUUUAUGUAUUCAGUAUUAUUGAUGACUUUCUACAUAUUUCCAACGGAAGUCGCAGCGCUAAAUGUGGGUGGAGUUUUGAGCACAAAUUUCAAUUCGAAUUCGAGUGGCAGCGGCAAUGUUGCGGACAGCGUAAGUUUUGACGUUGGGGUCGGAGGCAUCGAACUUGGCAGUAGUCAUUUGUCUGACAUUAGUAACGUGCCUGCAAAUAUCAACAAUGAAAUGGGCAGAAAUAUAAAUGGCGAUGUAAAAAGUAAUCGUUUUCCAUCGAUGCAACAGAAACAACAGUACUACUAUCGCCAUCGUUCCAGUGACAUUAUAACAAGUGGAGCGCUUUUACCAAAAGAACCUUUACAAACGCAGGGAGAACAGGACCACGAUAUGGCGUUUUAUCAUUAUACUUACAAUAUUAAUCGUAGCAAUAAUCAAAUUAAUGGAAAAUUUAAGAAUAAUCGCAGUAGUAACAGAAGUACCAGUUUUGCGAAUUAUUACUACCAAGAUAGCAUCAAAAACUAUACAAACAGAAACAGCAGCAAACCACACAAUAAUGUAGAUGACAACAAAAAGGAAGACAUAGGUACCGAAGCGGAUGGCAGUAGUAAUAGCAACAACAGAACCUUAAAUUCAUACAGCAUUAACAAUAGCCUCACAGCCAAAAAUACUAAUGUCGCAAGAGAAAGUGGCAACGGUACUAAUAACGAUGUAGCUGAUGUAAGGGCAAGAGCUGCGAAAUGGUCGGCGGCACUGCAUUUGUCCAACAAAAAAUUCAACCAAAUAAACUUUGGAAUACAAGCUAGUAAUCUCAGUUUCGCAAGAGUUAGUGGCGAAAGCAGAAGGAAUCGGAGCAGAAGCUCCAGUUUCGAAAGCCAACAGUUGAUACAGCAACAGCAACAUCCGGAAAUUUUACAUUCAUAUUGCAAAUAUGGAGGAUCCAAUGUAAAAGUUACUGACACGAGCUCGCACUCCACCAAUGAGCAUACAAAAUUUUCCGAAAUCUUAAGCUCGAUAAAUGGCAACGGCAAUUUUGAGAAUUCUGGUGGUGAAAUGGACGAAGACAGGGAAAUGUUAUAUAAAGUCGAAGAGGGUAUGGAGAAGAAAGGCUUCAGCCAAAGGCCGCCAAUCAAUUUCCCUACCACAAAGCCAUUAGAAAAUAUAUCUGGGAAACGAAUAAAGAAUUACUCUAGCAAUACCUACAUUAGCGAUUUAUAUACAAGUUCUGCAUACAAAAUAGAUUACGUAGUCAAUAAAGUAUUUUUGGCACCAAUAAAAUUGGCGACCAUUCAAAUACCAGCAAGAAAGUCUUAUAUAAAUUUUAUAAAAGAUCCAGCGAACUCAACGGUCACUAAUAAAAUAAAAAUAAAUUCUGAUAAAAAUAAGCCAGAGAUCACACCUUUAAUGGAUGAAACAUCGGCGCUAAUGGGUGUUACGCAACAGCAGAAACAGCAAAUACGAGUAACAUCAGCAGUUCAUGCAACAAACAAACACCACGAAAAUCAAUAACCCCAACCAAUCAGCAAUAUACGCCAAUGGAAUGUAAUACACAGGACAAGUAUACUCUCCUCGGAUUAAAAUCAUAUGUACCAAACAAUACUAAUUUUAGAGGUAAACUCGAGGCAAAACAACGAUAGAGAAAAUAUAACAUUGUAAAAUAUUUUUAGGGACACCAUAAAUUUGUACAUAAAACGCGCUCUUUUAAAAACGCUAGUGCUCCAUUCACCCAUGAAAUAUGUACUGCCAUUCGUCUCUCUAUUUGUUGGAAAAACAUCAAACAAAAACAAAAACAUCGAUUGCACAAGCAAAAUUUUGAUUGUCGGGCUCAACAUGAAUAGUCCUAAUAGUUUUUGCGACCUGUGCCAUUAAUUUUUGUUAUACACUUAGCAUUCUUAUCGUAAAACUUAUUCUUGCAAAAUGUGGGAGAUAAAUAUACUUAAUUUUGAAUAUAGGAUAUUUUUUCUAUCGUAGAAAAGUUAACCUUUUUAAGUGCUCUCAUAAGGUAAAGGGUUUGGCAUUGUUGUUUUCUUUGAUUCUAUAAUACGAAACUCUUUCAAAAUGAAGUUAAGUCUCUCUAUUAUUUACUUUGAUCUACCACUUAGUCGCUAAACAAUCGCAUCAAUAUUUUUCAAAACAAAAAAUAGUUAACGUAUAUUGUUAGAUGCUCAUGAAACUUAACUUAAAGAAAAACGACAUUUGAUUUAAUAUACAUGUUUAAUAUAUACUUUAUAUACCCAUCCGAAUUAUUUCAGAUAUGAAAUUAAGACUCCAAUAAACAUAGCUCCAAUUAUUAUUUUUUUAGCUAAAAGCAAAAAACAAUAAUCCUUAGUAGCCUAAGUUCUUAAAGUAAUAUCCAUAUUUGUAUAUGUAUGUAUACCUAUGUAUAUCUCGGAAAUGUAACUUUUCUUUGAAUAUAAAAAUAACACCUCCUUUUGGAAAACCCUGUACUACAUCUGUUUGAGUGCUACCACUUACUGCAACGUAUCCACCGCAUCUUUCAAUUAUUUCUACCACUGGUGGCAUUAUGGACGUUGAGACGAACUGUAGUUCACAUUUUGGUAAGUUUUUGGUAUUUUACUGAACAACGGAAGUAAAAGUUUAACAAAACAUAAGAUUAACAUUGAAUUCACACGUACAUAUGAUGAUUGGGCACCGCAUUCUAUUUUGAUUGUUAUUAGUUUUCGGACACUCUUUCAUUCACUUGGAGCUCAUAUUAUAUUAUUAUGCUGCGUUAUGCGUUAUGUGUUAUGCGUACACAUACACACAAAUGUACAUGCAAACUAUUAACAAAAAAAGAUUUUACAAUCAAGUCGCUAAUUACAGGGAGUGGCCCAAGGUUAUCAGAAGUAUUAAACUAAGAAGUGAUCACAAUAUAGUGAAAGAACAUAUACUCUAUCAAAAAUCCAAAUUCGAUAUAACUAACUAUUGGCUAGAUUAAGUAUGUGCAUAUGAGCGUAAUGCAAAAAAUUAAGUUUAUUCCGAAGAUGAACGUGCUACGCGCUCUUAGUAUUCAAGGUAAGAGCGAACCAUACUCCAAUGGUACCUACAAUAAGUAUAUACAUCUAUCCAUCAUAUGAGAGAAGGACGAAAUGUCACUUAUACCAACCAUUUUGGUAGGUCCUAGUCAAAUUUUCAUGCAUGCAACGAGUAACCAGUGCCAGUUUGAGAGUAAUUGCGCAAAUGUGCCUAUGUUUGUUUCAACCUAUAGAUAGCCAUAAUAAUUAGGAGUAUUUUCAACU